GAGCUUACAAGAUUAAUGGGAAAUGAUAUAAAAAGAUCAAUUAAACGAAUUUUUGAAAAAUUAUUCAGUGAUGAUUUGUUGUGUUCUUAUUCUUAUCAUGGAAUAAGAAAUAAAAAAUCAUUUUCUUCAUUAAAUAUUUGCAAUGUUAUUUUUGAAGCUAUAAGAAAUGACAAAAAAUUUUGCAAUGUUCAAGAAAAAGAAAUUGAGGAUGUCAUACAAAAAUACUUGGCUCAACGGCCAUUUGUAUUAAAAAGAAAUAAAAAAAACCAAAUUGAAGUUGAAAAUCAAAAUGCAGGUGGCAGUUAUCAACUUGAAAAUAUAACGUUUUAA